AUGGUGAGGUGUUAUCUGCUCUAUUUAUUAACUCUUGCACUCUGUUAUGCUUGUGGGUUAGUAUCGGCUGAUAGUCCUAAAGCUUCUGAUGCCCUUAUUAAACCUUCCACUAUUGGUGUUCCGUCUCUUGUUCGUCAUGCUAUUCCCGCGCUUCUUCUCGAUAUUGAGUGUGAUGAAGAUGAGGAGACUACUGUUGAUCGUUUUUCGGAUUCUACAACACAGAUCAGUGAAGAAGAAGAACAGCGAUCUAAGUUGAAUCUGAAGGGUAAAGAAAUAGUAGCUAGUGAUGUGGUAAAGGAUCAAUCUGAUUUACAAGCACCAUCACAAACUCGUACCCCAGACGCACCUGUACCCCAACCUCCUGUUUCACCUACAACUACCACUCCUUCGCAACCCAGUGCACAAGAGGGAGAGCUUGGCGGAUCUCCUUCAAGAAAUCAUAACGAUCAAACUGAACGUGGAGGUAUGGUGGCUUCGCAGGUUGAACAG